AUGGACGACGUCUCCGCCAGCACAUCUGCCUAUCCUGAUCCUCGGCAAAGGGGCAAGAUCACAUUCAACGCGCCAAAGACGAGCAAUGCCCUAUCAUCACGGAUACCUACCGAUCUCCUUCUCGCUCUCAUUCUCACAAAGACUACAAUCGCCUCUUCGGCGCUGCUAGCUCGGCACUGGCUGCUGGUCCCGCACUCAGAGGGUGUCCACACGCCCCAAUCCGCCUUUGGCAGAGGCAGUCAGCCCCUCCUCUCUGACCCAGGAGAUCAUGGACAGGCUUCAGCCUGGGCAGUGGCAACCGUGGCCUUCUUCCUGGCAUCGUUAGGGCAAGGGCUCUGGUUCCGUGUUUGGCAGUGGACUCCCUCACUCCGUAGGUCAGAUCCCAACAUGAAGGUGCUACCCAGACGCUUAGGCAUGCUGGCACUAGUCUACUUCGCCCACCUCCUCGUCUGGCUUCUGGCUCUCGAACACCUUGGAGCAACGACUGUCAUCCUCUUCACUCAAUUCUGCGAGGUAUGGGCUUCGGACUUGGUGCGAUCUGUAAAGACAAAGAGCUACGGAGGAUACACGAUCCUCAUGGCCCUCUGUCUCUCUUUCCUCUGGACUUUGGUCACUGGUCUCUCGAGUUCGAGCCCCACUGGGAGCAGCGUCGUUGCGCAGAAUUCCAGCCGCGGCAUUUCAGGGUCCAAGUACGACUAUGAUGAGGACCUACCACCCUCUCUCAGGCAUACCCGCCCUAGCGAUCUCGGCUCCCCCACCAGUGCUGCCAGGGCUGCUGCACAGGCUGGUCUCGACGCGGCCGGCUUCUCGCCCAGUGGAGUCCUCGUGGGGCACUUGUGGCUGCUAGUGUAUGCGUUCCUCACACUCGAGAGGGAGAGGGCGACCGGUGCUGCGUCAAAGGAGAGCGGAGGAAGGCGGAGAGCUACCGUUCUUGCGGCACUCAUCGUAGCAGCAAUCGUCACGCCAGCUUCUUUACUGGGAGCAAUCGUUGGACUACCAACUCUUCCGCCUCUGAGCUCCCUAGCUCCUACCUUUGCGUCCUUCGGCUCGUCAGCGACGUCUCAUCUUCCAGCUUACUUCCUCCUCGCCGGCUCUUUCCUCAUCCUCGAGCCGCUCCUCUCGACUGCUCUGGAGCCGCAUGCCUCUCUGCAAGCUCGUGUCAAGCAAGGCUGGCCGAUGGCGGUCAUCGCAUGCGCCGUCGUAGGCUUUGUAGGGUUUGGCCUCAGAGUCGGCUGGGGUGUGUGGGGUGUUGCAGCCUGCGUGGGCUGGGGACUACGAUCCAUCCUCAACUUUUCGCCACACUUGCAACAGACGUAUGCAAGCGUAGAGACAACCUCGUCCGGCGGCGUCCGAACGGUCAGUCACACUCGCCAGCCGUCCGACGGGUCGGCGCUUGCUGAGCUAGCGAAGACAUCGAAAGAUCUGCUCUUGUCUGCCCGCAAGACCGUUCAGAUCAUUAUGGCUAAUAAUGACUCUCGCAAGAUCUUCCAAUUUCUCUGCCUCAAUCUAGCCUUCAUGGGAGUGCAGCUGAUGUGGGGAGUCUGGACAAACUCUCUCGGACUUAUCAGUGAUGCUAUUCACAUGUUCUUCGACUGCGCCGCGAUUGGCAUGGGCCUCUUCGCUAGUAUUAUGGGCACAUGGGGUCGCGAUGAUGUAUACACUUACGGCUACAAUCGAGUUGAGACCCUCAGCGGUUUCUCCAACGGUAUCUUCCUGAUCCUCAUCAGUGUCUUUAUCGUAUUUGAAGCCGUGCAACGGAUCAUCGAACCUCCCGAGAUGCACAACACGACGCAGCUCCUCAUCGUCAGUGGCAUGGGUCUUGCAGUGAACCUCUUCGGCAUGUUUGCCAUGGGAGGACAUCACCAUCAUGGCCAUUCACAUUCUCACGGACAUGAUCAUGGCCACGGCCACGGUCACGAUCACUCGCACCAUGACCAUGGACACUCACACAAUAUGAUGGGAGUGUAUCUCCACGUUAUGGCAGACACUCUAGGGUCUGUCGGAGUCAUCAUCUCCACCCUGCUGAUAGAGUACUAUGGCUGGACCGGCUUCGACCCGAUAGCCUCGCUCUUCAUCGCUUUCAUGAUCACAAUCUCUGUCAUCCCUCUGGUCGUCGAGUCGGGCAAGAUCCUCUGCCUGGAUCUACCAGCUGGAACGGAGAAGAGCAUCGCCGAGGCGCUGCAGGAGCUGGACUCGAUUGAGGGUCUAGCCUCCUUCUCCAACCCCAGAUUCUGGCCAAAGGAUGGAGAGACGCUUGUCGGGUCGAUACACCUGCAAGUCAUGUGUGCAGAGGGGCCAGACGACUCUUCACACCAGCAGCAGCAUGAUCUCCGGCAUCAGACGUCAGCUUCGAGGCUCUCAGAGGACACGACCAACGGUGGUAACUCGCCAUCUUUAUCGCUUCACCCGACAGUCCGGCCGGAGAUAUUGGCGAAGCAAGUUGAAGCGUUCCUCAAGCAUCGCAUACAGGGUCUUGACAGUUUGUGUAUCCAAUUUGAGCCUGCAGGGACACCGUCGAGCUUCGCAGCCUCUUCGAGUCUGGGCGUGCCAGGAUCCGCACGGCCUCCUCAGCGAAGUUGGAGUGGAGCUAGCAGCAUAAUCGAUCACGGAGAGGCGUUUGAGACCUUCGGAGGUGGAGGAGGCAGUCUUGGGCUGAUGGGGACCGGAAUGGAUCUCCAACGGUCGGUGAGCGGCAGCAGUGCGAGGAGCAGUACGGAGCCGAGCAGUGCAGGUGGGCUUGGGGGUGAUGCGAUGCCUGUGAUGGCCGGUGGAUUUACGCCAUCGAUGGCGCAGAUGUAUGCCACACCGAAGAAGACACGGUGA